UCUGUACCUCCAGCUCACUUGCUUUCCACGACGUUUGAAUGGGGGCAUGGCAUUGGCUUCGCUUGGCCGGAAUUGCUGGAGUGAGUGCGCUUACGCUUGUCCAUUGUUUCUGGUGGCCCCCACCCAAUGAGAGGCAUAUGCGGCACGAGCCCCUGGUGCCAUUGACGGAGUCCUCAGCUCCCAGUGUCAGCGUCAGCAACAUCACACCAGCCACAUUUUCCCAGCCGCAGGGGGAGCCAGGCAUCGGCAGAAGGAAGCCGGAAAGAGCAGACAUCGGCGUCGGUUUGCAGAGCCUACAGACGUUGCAGGGAAAGAAUUUGAUUCUGGCAGGUGAUUCCAACGACCGUCAGUUUUUCCGUUUUCUUUGCCAACAUUUAACUGGCCGCUUCGACGGAGUUCUGGUUGUGGACAAGAUGACCAACGAAGAACCUGGUGAAUAUCGCGGCCGGCUGACCUGGCCAGAGCAGGCGAAGACAUUAGUUUGCCACGACGAAGCUAGAAAUGCAAGCGUGGUGUUUCUUUUUCAUUAUGGCCUGUUCAGUCUUCCCCCCCAGCCGCCAUGGUACUUGGACUUUGCUAAGAGAAGAAUGGGGACGCACUUCCUGGGCAUUCAGGGCAAGGCAAAGAUUGUGCCCAGCACAGACCUUGCUAAAUUUAUUUGGCCUCAAAUCAUUCAGCAACAUUUGCCAAGCAGGCCAUUGUUGCUGCUUGUCCAGUCCUCCAUGUGGGAUGCCUUUGCAGUCCUUGAAAGUUUGACUGGCAAGCGAGUUUCACAGAUGAACAAGCUAGAUGUGCAGACUCUGUAUUCUGUUGUGUUUUCACACGAGAACUUAACGCAUUGGGGAUGGCUGCAGCGUGCCUCUGAAUUUAUUGGGAUGAUUCUAGAAGGGGUCCACAGUCAGGGCAUGCUGGCUACGGUUCUGUGGCGUACCAACCCGAACUGUCCUGCCCUGCCUGAAGAGGGCUCAGUCACGGCAAACGCCUUAUCUGGUCUUUUUGCUGACGCUGUUAGGGCAGAGAUCCUUCAAGGGUCAGCUCCUUGGGGAGAGAUUUGCCUUGUGGAUUGGCGGAAGAACUUGGAGAUCCACAGUCCGAAGCAAUGCGACAAACAUCACUACACUAAAGAGGGCUAUGCUGCGUACUUGUCCUCUCUGAAAGGGUGUGUGCUGAUUUCCCCGUUGGCUGAGCAAAAAGUGGAGUACGAGCAUGUCCCAUGUGCAUGAACGGACUUCGAUGCAUAUAUUUAUAUAUAGAGAGG